UUGUGAUUCACUUCCGAUUAGUCAGCGUGUGUGCGCCAUUAUUAUUUUCUUCAGUGUGUUAGUGUGUUCCUCGUGUUUCUUUUUGACUUUUUUCUUUCUAUUUUCGCAGCUUUUUUUAUUAUUUAAGGAUACACCCGGAUUCCUAACGCUUUAAGGAUAAUUUCGCUUUUUCUCGAGUUCGAAUUGUUUACGACGCGAGCCUGCCAUUUUCGAAUCGUUUUUUUGGAUACCGAUGUAAAAAAGGACAUUGGAAAAUAUGAGGGAAGAAGUAUGCGCAGCGGUCAAGUUUUUCGCUUGUUUUUUGGAAAAAAGUGAAAAGGUACCACGGGAGCAGCUCUGUAACUUUGAGAAACACCUCACGGAUCUUCUCAUAGAAAGGUUCGAGAAGCACUGGUUCCCCGACUUGCCCAGCAAGGGCCAGGGUUACCGCUGCAUCCGCGUGAACGGGCUCAACCCCGUCGAUCUCACCCUGAAGCUGGCGGCCAGCAAAUGCGGCCUCCGCUACCACGACCUCAAGUUGCCCACGGAACUGACCGUCUGGGUGGACCCCAACGAAGUAUGCUAUAGACUCGGCGAAUCUGAAGGUUCGUACUGUACCCUAGCAUCUUUCCCCCACUCGGACGCCUCCUCCACGACCUCCUCCGACCCGCCCUCCGCCGCGUCCACGCCACCACCUUCCUCGCCUCGCAGCCAGUCCAACUCGCCCACGCCGCCACACUCGCCCGCCGCCGCAUUUUACGAUAGGCCGGCCGCGCCGACGACCAAUCGGCGCCACGGCCACGCCCACCGCGCGCCCAACGGCGCCUCGAUGACGCAGCGGCAAGCGGGCGCGGGGACGUACCCUGGGAACGGUUACGACUACGCCACGCCCUCGGGGAAGGCCUUCAGGAAUAACCAGGGAGGGUUCCACGUCGGCAACGCGGGCGGCAGGCAGAACAGGCAGUCGCCCAGAGAGAUGAACUUUAACUCUUUCAACCCCCACCAACGGCCGAUGUACCCCCGUUGCGACGGACCCCCCUACGCAAUGGCGCCCCCCUUCUACAGGAACAUGAACUACAACAGGAACUACAAGAACGUCCUGAGGGUAUAGGAACAACCCCUGAAUCCUCCCUCGCGGGGACCUCUACUCUCAGCCUAGGUUUACGUUUGCUCCUCCUUUGGCGAGGUCAAGACAUCCUGCCCCGGAGGUGGCAGUCUUACGAUAACAGGAAAAACUCCACUCUAUUUUCUAUAUAACCCGUUUAAAAACAGUUAUUUUUAAGUUUCUUCGAUUUUCCUCCGUUAGAAACGCGUUUUAGUUCCUGAAAGGGGCGUGGUUUAACACGCCACGCCCUCUAAUAGCGUUCCUGUUCUCGUAAGUCCCUCCUCCGGGGUUAUUCCACGCCCUAUGCACCGCCGACACGGUACAACACUUGAAACAAAGGAUUACUGAUAGAUGUAUAGAUGGUUGGUAGAAAAGGAUGGAUACAGGACCUGGUGCAGGCCGAAGUGGGAGGGAACAUGUCUGCUCGGAAGCCAUUUUUUCUACGUAAGGUUCUUUUUAUUGUCUGUGACGCGAGUACAGCGUACAGGAAUCUACAGGGUUACAGAUAAAGUCCGUAUCAUAAGAAACUUUUUUUAAUUUAUAUUUUUUAAUAUUUCAAUUAUUAGUUUAAACGUCAAAUUUGACAGAUACCUGAGGACAGCAGGCUAAAUUUUCUUAUAUCAAUUUUAAUCUAAAUCAAAGCAAAAAGUAUCGCUAUAGUUAAUAAAUAAAAAGUUUUAUAUGAUGCAGGCUUUACCUGUGAGACUGUCUGAUCGGUCUAUGAUUGUUGUGUAUGUUCGAUGUAACUGUAGAUAUUUAAACGAAAAAUUGAUAUAUAUGAGUCAUUAAAUGUGAUGUUUAUGGUAAAAUUCGUAUGAUCUGGCUGGUAGUCAUCAGCCAGGAAAAAAUGAAUGUGAUUUAGUUAGGAGAGUAUAAUUGUUUUCUCGACAUUUUAGAAAAAGGUUUAUUAAGAUGCAUUUUGGCCGAUAACACGCGACGUUGUGCAUAAUAUAUUUUAGUUUUUUGUUUCUGUAUAUGUAUACUACCAAGACUGAACAGUGUAUAGUUUAAUACAAACGAGAAAGCACGGUGAUAUUGUAUUGUUUUAUUCGUUAAAAUCUGUUAUAUGUCGCGUGUUAGCGGCCGAUCAAAUCCAUUUUAUAAAAGGGGGCAACUACAGAGAACCGUCGACGGUUUUAAGCGUACUUUUUUUCUGUUCAUAAAUAAUUAUUUUUGUAUAAAAAAAAUGUUAUCUGUGAUAUUUAAUCAUAUAUAUUUGCGUCACAUGACAAAAACAAGUUCGCCCAACCGAUAUAAUCCUAGUCCCUCCUCAUAUCUU